AGAAAUUCCUUCUUAGUCUAAAUUAUGACGACUUCCAGAGAUUUGACGGGCAAAGUAGUGCUGAUCACCGGCUCGAGCGGUGGCAUCGGUGCUGUCACUGCCGUAGAGUUCGCACGACUCGGGGCUCAAGUGGUGGUCACCGGUCGCAGGAAGGAUAGGGUGUCCGCUGUGGCCAAACAAUGCGCUGAGGCGUCGCCUACCGGAGUCAAAGCAUUGGAAGUGGUGGCCGAUGUCACCAACGAUAGCGACUGUCGUCGAUUAGUGGCCGAUACUAUCAAGACAUUCAAAAAGUUGGACAUUUUGAUCAAUAACGCGGGUCGGGGUAUAGUGUCGAGCAUAUGGGACGAGGAUAUCCUCGAUAAGUAUGAGCUCCAUAUGAACACAAACCUCCGGUCAGUCGUAUGGUUGACUCACUUAUGUGUCGAGCAUUUGGAGAAAACUAAGGGUAAUAUCGUUAACAUAUCGAGCAUUUUGGCCUUUAAACCGAGACGGCUAUUGUAUUCAAUGUCAAAGGCGGCGCUGGAUAUGUUCACAAAGUGCGUAGCGCUCGAGUUGGGCCCCAAAGGCAUCCGGGCUAACGUUGUCAAUCCCGGUGUCGUGAAGACCGAGACUUUCGGAACCAGUCUUAACAUGAAUAAAGCAAAAUCGGAUCAAUUUUUGAAGGGUAUGGCCGAGAAGUACCCGUUGGGACGGGUGGGUGAGCCCAUGGAUGUGAUAAAAGCCGUGUUGUAUUUGACGUCCGAUUUGGCGUCGUUUGUGACCGGAUCCAACUUCGUGGUCGAUGGCGGCGCCCAAUAUGUCUAACCCUCAUAUGUAUCACAUUAUGGUCAUGUCUUAUUAUUUAUUGACC